CUUGCUUUUUCCCUUCUUUUCCCUUAUGCUUUAAUUUCCCUGCCCUAAAAUCAGGCAACACCAGUAAUGCAUAGUUUUUUUAUUUAGCUUUUGGACUUUUCGAUAGUGCUCUGUGUUUUUAAUCAUUGAUUGAUUGACUACAGUGUAAUGAAUUUUGACCUGAUUUCGAUAGUUCGAUAGCUGCCUACUAUAUGGACCCAAAUGGACCACCACCACCAACACUGCUCAGCAAGCAAAGCUCACACAAUCUCAGAGCAAGGUUGAAUCAUCUCAGGGAGCACACACCUUAUAUAGCCUAUACAGGGGCAGGGCCCUGCAGCACUAUGCACAGCAUCAAUGAUACACCUGCAUCCAUCAUCUUUCAAAGGAUGCUGCUGCUGGACCAUCCAUCCCUGCAUCCCAGAAGAGUCCAGAGGCCGUCAUCAGAGGAGGAUGCUUAGCAAGAAACAAUGAUCCCUUCACCCAACCACCUAACAUUAUCCCUCCAUCCCCAUUCCAUAUCUGUACACAGAGACUGACAUACCCAGCCCAGCCCCCUCCCCCUGCUCUUCUCUCAGUUCCAUUCCAUCCCUCCAUUCUCCUCUCUCUCCCCCCCUCUCUCUCUCUCUCCCAUCCCUCUUUUGCCUACUCUCGUUUUUUUUUCCAUCCCCUGCCCCACUACAACAAACAUGGCCGCGAAAUCGGACGGCAUCGCCGCCGUGUCCGUGCUGGCCGAGAGUCCCCCCGCGCCGAGCCCCGCCGCCGUCAAGCGCUACUCGCUGCCGGACUGCUGCUGGACCCUCGCCGCCCUGCUCGUCUUCUUUUCGGACGGCGCCUCGGACCUGUGGCUGGCCGCCGACUACUACCUCAGGCGGGACUACUGGUGGUUCGCCCUCACGCUCGCCUUCGUCGUCGUGCCCUCCGUGGUGGUGCAGGUGCUCAGCUUUCGCUGGUUCGCCUACGACUACGCUGAGGACGAGGCCGGCGGGGGCAGCGCGGCAGCGGCGGCGGCGGCAGCGGUGGUGGCCGCGUCCGGCGCGGAGAGUCACCUCCUGGGCGCCAAGGGCGGCGAGCAGCGCGGGGCUGGGGCUGGAGCUGGAGCCAGGGGUGGCAGCAGUGGCAGGGGGAGGACGUGCUGCAGAGCCUGCGUGUGGCUUUUCCAGAGCCUGGUGCAUGUCCUGCAGCUGGCACAAGUCUGGAGGUACGUCCAUGCCCUGUAUCUUGGGGUUCAGAGCCAAUGGCGAGGGGACCACUCCUACUGGCGUAUGAUGUUCGUGAGUGCGGAUAUCAGCAUGCUGCGGCUCCUGGAGACCUUUCUGAAGAGCGCUCCUCAGCUCGUCCUGCAGCUCAGCAUCAUGGUCCAGACCAGCCAGGUUCUCCCUUUACAAGGUCUGUCUGCAUCUGCCUCCUUGGUGUCUCUCGCCUGGAUGGUGGCGUCUUACCAGAAGGCUCUGCGGGACUCCCGCGACGACAAGCUGCCCAUGUCUUAUAAAGCAGUGUUGGUGCAGAUGCUGUGGCACCUGUUCACGGUGGGGGCGCGCGCCAUGGCCUUCGCGCUGUUUGCCUCCAUCUUCCAGCUCUACUUCGGCAUCUUCAUCGUAGCCCACUGGUGCGCCAUGACCUUCUGGAUCAUUCAGGGUGAGACGGACUUCUGCAUGUCCAAGUGGGAGGAGAUAAUCUACAACAUGAUGGUGGGCAUUGUGUAUGUGUUCUGCUGGUUCAGCGUGCGCGAGGGGCCUACGAGGUGCCGGCUACUGCUAUACAGCCUCAUAGUGCUGGCAGAAAACGUAGCCCUUACUUCAGCUUGGUACCUGUACCGAGGGCCCCGCACAUCCGACUUCUACGCCGUGGUGGUGCUGUGUGUGGUGGCUUGCAGCUACGCCUUGGGCACGUUCUUCAUGUUUGUUUAUUACUGCCUGCUGCACCCGGACGGCCCUGUGUCGGCCAAUAAUUUGGGAUGUGGCUUAAUGGAGGUGGGGGCUGUCUCGGAGCCUUGUCUUUCAUCAGUGACCUCGGCUCCACCUCCAGACGUGGUCAGCAGCCCACCCAGGACGUUGCAGAGGACUAAGGCAGGAGCAGAGCAGGACGCGAUUGGAGGGGAAGGUGCCGAUGUGUUUCAGGUGCGCCCUCCUGUAAAUUUAAGGACCCCUGCACCCCGCCUCACCCCAAAGACUGAAGGGCCGGUCAUCCGUAUUGACCUGCCCAGGAAGCAGUACCCUGCCUGGGACGCCCACUUCAUCGAUCGCAGGUUGCGCAAGACCAUCUUAGUUCUGGAAAGUGCGGCUCCAGUCACCCCCAGGAUCCAGUACCGCUGCCUUGGCACGCCUAAGGAGGUAACGGAGUAUGAGACGACGGUGUGAACCCACCAGAUGCUUUCUCGCCCAGUUUGGCCACCCGCCAGUCUCUCAUACUCCAAGCACACGGUGCAGUCGUGCCGGCCCGCAGAGUCAGGCCCUCCUGGCUUUGGCGUUUGGCAAAGUUGCCAUGCGGCAGGGAGAACAAUAGAGACAAGGGGGAAAAGAGGGAACAAACAGAACAGUGCUUGCCAGCUUGCAAAAUGGCACAACCUCUAUCCUUAAUCUGUUCCAUCUGUAGAAGUAUCUGCUGUAAUGGUCUGCUCUUUUAAAACAGGGCUAUAUGGUGGAAUGGUGACACCCACCAUCGCAUUAUUGCAGGUUACUAAAACAAGGACAAAGCAGUCAGAGGUCAGACACACACAGUCACUAAGAUCAGGUUCUGCUAAAACUGGACAGAAAAGAACAAAGAGACAACGAAGACGUAGACAUGGACAUCACAGCGGGAACAGCGUAUUGUGGUACAGCUUAUGUCUUUGCAACGACGGUGCUUGAAAAUGUCUUAACAAAGAAAACAAUUUUACUUGGAUGUUAAAUAAGCCCUUACGGCAGCUGUUCCAGAAAAAAAAAUACAGCAGUUCUUUGCCUGAUGCUGAGCUCCCGUUGGUAGUUAUUUAUGGAGUCUGAGAUGUCAUAGCUUUUAGGUAAGGUGCAGUGUAUGAAUAGUUUCAUUCAAGGCCUUAAUCAGCCCAUGUAGGAAGGUCAUGCAACACUUAGAAAAAAGGACCAGGCCACAAAGAGGAGAACAAGAACCACACUUUUUAUCUCAAGGAUAGACAAUCCUUAACAGAUCAACCCAAGACAUUCCUUUAUUAUGAAAGUGAUAACAGAUCCACGUCUGCAGUAUUUCACAGAUGAUGUCUAAAAGCUAACAGGGCUCAAAUGUGUUAAGUUUCUAGCUGGUCUAUAGUGCAUCUGCGAUGAUACUUCGGUGUAUGUUUACAUGUUUCUAACUAAUCAUCUUUUCUAUGACUAAUAAAAAAAACAAGGUUAGCAUUGUGGUUUCAUGGUCAUGAAGAUCGGCUUCUGUGCAAUAAAAAAGAAACGGAAA